GAACAACCCUUACUUCUUCUAUCGUUUGUCUUACAUCCAAAAUAUGGGCUCUCAAAAUUUUCUUCUGAUGUUUCUGGUCUUUCUUACUCUCACUUUAGUCAAUGGUUAAAUUACUAUUAUCAUGCUUGGUUCGAUGAAGUACCAAUAUGUAUUUUACAUGAAUUUUUGUUAUAUCAAAGAGAAGUAUUUUCUUUUAAUAAGGAAAUGUAUAAACAGUUUGAUGAAAAUAUUUUUGAUUUUUGGGAUUCAACUAAGGGUUUAGCACCAGAAUUAUCUUGA